AAGCUUCACAGAAGCUUUACAGAAGCUUCACAGAAGCUUCACAGAAGCUUUACAGAAGCUUCACAGAAGCUUUACAGAAGCUUCACAGAAGCUUCACAGAAGCUUUACAGAAGCUUUACAGAAGCUUCACAGAAGCUUUACAGAAGCUUUACAGAAGCUCUUCCUGAAAGCAACAAUACAUAGAACCGUGUUUCUAUGCAAACUUGAAUCAUUUGCCGGAGCAGUCAUGCAAAGACGAUAUCGCCGGUCCUGUCCGCCUUGCGGUCGGCCUGAUUUGAAGAAUAUCAGUACACAUCUUUUACAAGUUCACGGUUUACAAUCCAAGGAGAGAAAACCUUAUCUUAAGCAAGCCAAGGUGUCGUCAUGGCACCCCUACAUCGGCACAUCUCCGUACAUAAACUCUGAAAAGCAGGGCGAAAAGCGU